GGGGGGGGAUCCGCUCUCUGCCUGUCUUUUUCCUGUGUGAAUUAUAGUAAUAUUCAUUUACUGUCAUCCUUUUGUGGAUGAGAAGGUUCGGCCCCGCCGUUUAGACAGCCACAGUCUCCCCAAGUCGAGAGAGAGUCAAGAGGGAUCCGGAUCAUGUCGGGUCGGCCCAGGACCACAUCCUUCGCGGAGAGCUGCAAACCAGUGCCGCAGCCCUCGGCUUUCGGCAGCAUGAAAGUCAGCAGGGAUAAAGAUGGCAGCAAGGUAACAACAGUCGUGGCCACUCCAGGCCAAGGCCCCGACCGGCCACAGGAGGUGAGCUACACGGACACUAAGGUGAUCGGCAACGGCUCGUUCGGCGUCGUCUACCAGGCUAAACUCUGCGACUCUGGAGAGUUGGUGGCCAUCAAGAAGGUCCUGCAAGACAAGAGGUUUAAGAACCGUGAGCUGCAGAUCAUGAGGAAGUUGGACCACUGCAACAUAGUCCGCCUGCGCUACUUCUUCUACUCCAGUGGAGACAAGAAAGACGAAGUGUAUCUGAAUUUGGUUCUGGAUUACGUUCCUGAGACUGUCUACAGAGUGGCCAGACACUACAGCCGAGCCAAACAGACUCUGCCCAUGGUUUAUGUCAAGUUAUACAUGUACCAGCUGUUCAGGAGCCUGGCCUACAUCCAUUCGUUUGGGAUCUGUCAUCGGGACAUCAAGCCCCAGAAUCUGCUGCUGGAUCCAGAGACCGCCGUUCUCAAGCUCUGCGACUUUGGCAGUGCUAAGCAGCUGGUCCGUGGAGAGCCGAAUGUGUCCUACAUCUGCUCUCGCUACUAUCGAGCCCCUGAGCUCAUCUUUGGUGCGACUGACUACACUUCCAGCAUAGAUGUGUGGUCAGCCGGCUGCGUGCUGGCAGAGCUGUUGCUAGGACAACCAAUCUUCCCCGGUGACAGUGGAGUGGAUCAGUUGGUUGAAAUUAUCAAGGUUCUCGGCACCCCAACCCGAGAGCAGAUCCGCGAGAUGAACCCCAACUACACCGAGUUCAAAUUCCCCCAGAUCAAGGCACACCCUUGGACUAAGGUGAGUCAACAGGUGUUCCGACCGCGUACGCCUCCAGAGGCCAUCGCCCUUUGCUCUCGCCUGCUGGAGUACACGCCCACGGCCCGCCUCACCCCUCUAGAGGCCUGCGCACACUCCUUCUUUGAUGAGCUGCGCGACCCCAACGUCAAACUGCCCAAUGGGAGAGAGAAGCCCUCGCUGUUCAAUUUCACCACCCAGGAGUUAUCCAGUAAUCCAUCUUUGGCCUCCAUACUCAUCCCUGCCCACGCCCGCAGCCAGGCCACCGCCUCUACCCCAACCAACGCCUCUGCCACCACAGAUGGCAGCAGCACAGAGCGAGGUCCCAGCACCACCACCGCCUCUGCCUCAGCCUCCAACUCCACCUCCUGAGCCCACAGACCACCCCUGCCCUGCCCCGGUCUCAGCCCCAGCCCACGGCCUCUCCAUUGCCCCGGCCAGGGGGUGAGCUCAGCUCUGCUCUGCUCUGCCCUGCUCUCCUCCCUGACAGCAGCGGAGCGAUGCUGACGCAGUCCGGGUUCGACAGCUAGCCAACGGUCCCGUGCUACAACCACAAACCAAGCAUCCCUAAUCUGCCUCUUUCAUCCCCGACUGGCCCCUCACCCAGCUGUUUGAGCUCUACUACUCCAUCCUCUGUCAAAGACAUCUCUCCGUGCACUUUCGACGGGGGGAAGCAAAGCGCAGGGCCAGAGGUGUUGUCGACUGUACUAUUGAUAAAAGUACACUGUACAUGUAUACACAAUGCUAGCCUGCUAAUGUUUGUAAGAGGACAAUCUGUAGAAAAAGUCCUAAGCUGUUCCCCUUGGCCCCCUCCCCUGUCUAGCGUCUCCCUCUGUCCUCCUCCAUGUUGUUCCAUUUUUCUGCAACCUCAUCCUUUGACCUCUGACCCUGGCCGAUGUCCCCACCAAACCCCCCAUCCCCCUUUGGUUCCUCCUGUAGUGCAUGGCCUGAGUAUGGUUAGGAUCACAUGGGGGGGUCACCCCGCCCCUCUCACUUCUCACCUCCACUUCCGCAGACAAGGCAUGAGGCUCACGCACGGGUAUACACACAUACACACUCACACACACACACACAUCCACACACACAUGGAUGCAUGAUGAUCCUGAUGUAUGUGGAAAGAAGCAGUCCACUUGCGGGGGUAACAUUUGGACAGGUUGUUUGUUUUUUUUUUUGUUUCUUUGCCCGGGGUUGUUUUUAAAUGGUUAGCAAGCUGUUUUACCCGACCUUGUUUUUAAUUUUUGUUUUGUACUCCUGGGCAGAUGUUUUUGGAUUGCCAUGUGCGAUGGAUGUGACAUGUAUCUGGUCCUGUGUGCUUGUAUAAUAUAUACAUACAAUACAAAACAAACAUGCAUACAUACACAAUUUAUAUUACUUUUCCUUAUGUAUAAAAAGUAUAUAUAGAUAUAUGUAUAUUAACUACAAUGGUUCAGAAAUCAUUUAUGGUGAGCUCAUAUCUGGCAGAGCAGUGGCAAUAUUUGCCGUUGCCUAAAGACAAUAGAUUUAGAUGAGGUGGUGUUUUUUUUGUUUUGUUUUGUUUUGCUGGAGUGUGGUUAGAUUCCAGCACUCACUUCCCUGUUCUCCUGUGUUAUCUGUAUUAAGGCUGUAGAUGGAAUUUAGGGCAUUGCUCUAUUCCCUGUCUUUGUACCGACUCUGUCUGUAACAGUGUGCCUGUGACAGUGCAGUGUCUAGACAGACAUCUUCCCUUGUCUAGCUCUUCUUCUCUCUAUCUCUCUCUCUCUUUCUCUGUGAAGAAUUCAAGAUGUUUCCUAACAUUUUUCUUCCCUCGAGUCCUUGAGAAGUCUUUCGCUCGUCGCGGACUGUCUCAUGUAUUGUGACCACUGACUGAAGUGUUAGCCUAGCGUUCUUUCUCCUCCUCCUAGAGCACACAUAGAGACACUCGGUACAGUCUGUCGAAGCGUCUUAUUUACAGAGAAUACUCACUACAUUUUAAAAUAAAAAGAAAAGAAAAGAAAAAGCAGAAUUUGUAUAUACAGUAUAAAUGCUCCUCACCAAAAUUCUGACUUGUAUGACUUGUAUGUUGUUUUUUAUGUUGUUCUGUUGAUUAUUAUUUUUCCAUGUUGUGUUCAAGGUAUGUAUAUAUGCAGACCCAUGUACUGUUUAUGAGCAAAAACAAAGAUGACAAAGGGUAGGAAAAGAAAUGAAAAAAAACAAACAAAAAAAACAGAAUCAGGGCGAAACUGAUAUUGUUUAUGGAUAUUGUAGAUGAUGAUGAUGAUGAUCAGCUUUAUCCAGCCAUAUGUUCAAUCUUACCUGUACAGUACAGUAGAUGACAGCUGUAUUAUUGUAACAAGAACUAGUCAUGUAUAGUGUAACUAUAGUUUGGAGUGCCUUUGCUUUCAUACACCUUCGCCUUGCCCCCC